GCCCCGCCGCCCUCACCAUGCCGACCCGUGCGCCCCGGAGGCUGCUGCUGCUGCUGCUCUGGCUGUGGGGGCCGCUGCUGCCGAGGGCGGAGACAGGCUCUGAGCGGCAGACGGCGCGGGAGCUGUACCAGCGCUGGGAGCGCUACCGCAGGGAGUGCCAGGGGACCCUGCAGGCCGCGGAGCCCCCGGCAGGCCUCGCCUGCAAUGGGUCCUUCGAUAUGUACGUCUGCUGGGACUACGCUGCACCCAACACCACUGCCCGUGCUUCCUGCCCCUGGUACCUGCCCUGGCACCGUCACGUGGCUGCAGGCUUUGUCCUCCGCCAGUGUGGCAGUGAUGGCCAAUGGGGACCUUGGAGAGACCAUUCUCAGUGUGAGAACCCAGAGAAGAAUGGGACCUUUCAGAACCAGAAGCUGAUCUUGGAGCGGCUACAGGUUGUGUACACCGUGGGCUACUCCCUGUCCCUGGCCGCGUUGCUGCUAGCCCUGCUCAUCUUGAGUUCCUUCAGGCGGCUGCACUGCACUCGCAACUACAUUCACAUCAACCUGUUCACGUCUUUCAUGCUUCGGGCAGCAGCCAUCCUCACCCGAGACCGGCUGCUGCCUCCACCGGGCCCCACACCCGGGGACCAGGCCCCUAUCCUGUGGAACCAGGCGCUGGCCACCUGCAGAACGGCCCAGAUCGUGACCCAGUACUGCGUGGGCGCCAACUACACGUGGCUGCUGGUGGAGGGCAUCUACCUGCACAGCCUCCUGGUGCUCGUGGGAGGCUCCGAGGGGGGCCCCUUCCGCGGCUACCUGCUCUUCGGCUGGGGGGCCCCCGCGCUUUUCGUCAUUCCCUGGGUGAUCGUCAGGUACCUGUACGAGAACACGCAGUGCUGGGAGCGGAACGAAGUCAAGGCCAUCUGGUGGAUCAUACGCACCCCUAUCCUCAUGACCAUUUUGAUUAAUUUCUUCAUCUUUCUCCGAAUCCUUGGCAUCCUCGUGUCCAAGCUGCGGACCCGGCAGAUGCGCUGCCCGGACUACCGGCUAAGGCUGGCUCGCUCCACGCUGACGCUGGUGCCUCUGCUGGGCGUCCACGAGGUGGUGUUUGCUCCUGUGACCGAGGAACAAGCCCGGGGCCACCUGCGCUUCGCCAAGCUCGGCUUUGAGAUCUUCCUCAGCUCCUUCCAGGGCUUGCUGGUCAGCUUCCUCUACUGCUUCGUCAACAAGGAGGUGCAGUCGGAGAUCCGCCGAGGUUGGCACCGCUGCCGCCUGCGCCGCAGCCUAGGAGAGGAGCCGCACCAGCCCCCACAGCGUGCCUCUCUGACCCUGCCGUUGGGCUCCGGACCCAGACAGGUCGCCACUGGCCGUGCCCUGUCCUCGGGGAACCUCCCGGGGCCUGGGGAUGAGGCCAGCCGGGUCUUGGAAAGUUACUGCUAGGCAGCGGGAUUCCUGUGGUCAUUCAGUUAGCAUGUAUUGAUUGAGCGCCUGCUGUGUACCAGGCCCCUUGUGGAGGGAGGGCGCUGGGGAAAUGGGGUGGAAGGAAACAGAGAAAGGCCCCUGUCCUAGAGUUCAAAAUGGAGUGGGGAAAACAGACCCUUAAGGACAAUACAUCGUUAUAUAUAGGCUGAGUGGAAUGGCUUAUGAAGAAAAAUUAGAAGGGGGUCUACGGUGGUCAGGGAGGGCAACUCUGAGGAGGUACCAUUUAAGCCCUACCUGCCAGAGGUGCAGGAGACAGCUUUGGGAAGAACUGGUCGGCAAGAUUCUAGGCGGAAGGAGCAGCACGUGCAGAAGCCCUGGGCAGGAAGGAACGUGGCCAUGUCUUAGGAGCAGACAGGUGGCCUGCAUGGCUGGAGCUGGGAUGAGUCGGAGCCAAAUGGAGAGAGAAGUGAGCAGGGGCAAAGAGCUGGGAUUUUAUUCCAGGUGCAUUGAAAACUCUUAGCAGAAGCAU